UCCACUUCGCUGUUUUCUCCGAUCUCCGGUCUUCACUUCAAUCGACCAGAAUGUGCGGGAUUUUUGCCUACUUGAAUUACGAUGUCAGCAGAGAGAGGCGCUACAUCCUUGAACUACUCUUCAAUGGACUCCGUCGUUUGGAAUACAGAGGUUACGAUUCCGCCGGUAUCUCCAUUGAUUCUUCCUCAUCAUCUCAUAACGACUCCCCUCUUGUCUUUCGUCAAGAAGGAAACAUUGAAUCCCUAGUCAAAUCUGUCUACCAAGAGGUCUCUGCUACCGACCUAAAUCUGGAAGAGUCUUUCUCUGUUCAUGCUGGAAUAGCACACACCCGGUGGGCAACCCAUGGAGAACCAGCUCCAAGGAAUAGUCAUCCUCAGUCAUCUGGUACUGGAAAUGAUUUCUUGGUUGUUCACAAUGGAGUUAUCACCAAUUACGAGGUGUUAAAGCAAUCUCUCCUUCGACAUGGGUAUACUUUUGAAUCUGAGACUGAUACGGAAGUGAUCCCGAAGCUUGCAAAAUUUGUUUUUGACAAAGCAAACGAAGGAGGUGAUCAAACUGUCACGUUCAGCGAAGUUGUGCUCGAGGUUAUGCGGCAUCUUGAAGGAGCCUAUGCACUUAUUUUUAAAAGCAGACAUUAUCCAAACGAAUUGAUUGCUUGCAAACGUGGUAGUCCGCUGCUUCUCGGUGUGAAAGAAUUCACUGAAGGACAGAACAAAGGAUCAUCUUAUAAUGAUAUGAAAUUUAUUUCAAAAAAUGGUCACCCUAAAGAACUUUUCCUAUCUAGUGAUCCUCAUGCCCUUGUUGAACAUACAAAAAAGGUCUUGGUGAUUGAGGAUGGUGAAGUUGUCAAUAUUAAGGAUGGGGGAGUGACAAUCCUCAAGUUUGAGCAUGGCAAAGGGAGCGAUGGAAAAUCUCUUUCAAGACCUGCUUCUGUGCAGCGAGCAUUGUCCAUUCUUGAGAUGGAGGUUGAGCAAAUAAACAAGGGCAAGUAUGAACACUACAUGCAGAAAGAGAUCCAUGAACAACCAGAAUCCUUAACCACAACAAUGCGGGGCCGGCUUAUACGUGGAGGGUCCAGCAAGAGGAAGAGUGUCCUGUUGGGUGGACUGAAAGAUCAUCUGAAAACUAUCAGGAGGAGCAGACGGAUUGUUUUUAUUGGAUGUGGCACUAGCUAUAAUGCCGCUUUAGCUGCAAGACCUCUAUUGGAAGAACUUUCUGGUAUACCUGUUAUGAUGGAGAUUGCAAGCGAUCUGCUGGAUAGGCAGGCGCCAAUUUACAGAGACGAUACAAUAAUUUUUGUUAGUCAAUCCGGUGAAACAGCCGACACUUUGAAUGCCCUUGAAUAUGCAUUGGAGAAUGGUGCAUUAUGUGUCGGCAUUACAAAUACUGUUGGUAGUGCUAUUGCCCGGAAUACUCACUGUGGUGUUCAUAUAAAUGCUGGUAGUGAGAUUGGUGUGGCGAGUACCAAGGCAUAUACAAGUCAAAUAGUGGUGAUGGCUAUGGUGUCUCUAGCAAUCGGGGCUGACACGAUUUCUAGUAAACCGCGAAGAGAGGCAAUAAUCGAAAGCCUUCUUAACCUCCCAGGCAAAGUCAGGGAAGUUCUGAAACUUGAUCAAGAGAUGAAAGAUCUGGCACAAUCAUUGAUUUCUGAGCAGUCACUUCUUAUGUUUGGAAGAGGAUAUAACUAUGCAACAGCUCUCGAGGGUGCCUUGAAGGUUAAGGAGGUGGCGCUUAUGCACAGUGAAGGGAUACUUGCUGGUGAAAUGAAGCAUGGACCACUGGCUUUAGUUGAUGAAAACCUCCCCAUUGUUGUCAUUGCUACUCGUGAUCAAAGCUUCAGUAAACAGCAGUCAGUUAUUCAACAACUCAAGGCUCGCAAAGGCCGACUGAUAGUGAUGUGUACAGAAGGAGAUGCAGCAGCUGUAUGUGGUGGAUCCGGCCGAGUAAUCGAGGUUCCUCUAGUUGUGGAUUGCUUGCAGCCUGUUGUCAACAUAGUUCCAUUGCAGCUAUUGUCUUAUCAUUUAACAGUUCUACGGGGCUACAAUGUUGAUCAGCCAAGGAAUCUAGCAAAGAGUGUGACAACCGAAUGAAAAUCAAUUGCAAUGUCCAAAAUUCCGUCAACAAAAGCAGAUAACAGUUGAACAUGCUGAAGGUAACAUAGGUGACACUGGAUUUUGGGUUCCAAUUGAUUAUUUAUGAGGUAGUCGAGUUGUGUUCCUGGGCUAUGCUCUGUGUGUUACAGACCGUGGUUAUCAGGUUGUAAGAGCGAUUUAACAAAGAUGAAGGUAUUCGUUAGAUUUCCAUCUCGAAAUAGAAAUCUUCAUCUUAUGAUUAUUUUUUCGUACAUGAGGGAGGACUCUCUUAUGGUUGAUGAUCAGGUAAAGUUGACGUGGUCCGCAAUGUAUAUCAUAGUCUUUUCCAAUGCUUCUCUUUUCGUGUUUAUAAGUCGUUUUGGACUGGAAUGUUUGAAAACAUAUGAACAUCACACUUGGUAUUACUUUAUUAACUGAUAUAACAUAAUCAGUCGGUUUUUAGCCC